CAUUAAAAGGGCCUACAUGCAAAUAAUUUCGUCUUCCUGCUCGUCCCCGAACGGCAAUGGGGCGCGAAGGUACAGGUGCUAAUCGCGCCUCCUCGAGCCAACUUCUCCUCACUCCUCAUCCUUAAAGCUUUCCUCGUCCUUUUCUUCACUCUUGCCAUCUUCUCCGGGCAACGCUUGGCCUCACCGCCGAUGCCGGUUCCCAACCGUACCGCCGGCGCCGCCCUCCGUCGCGGCCGCAGCCCAGCAAGAAACUGGUGUCGACUAAUUCUCGCCGUCGCUCUCAUCGCAACUACCCUCACCGCUUUUCUCACCCGCACGAUUCCUCAUCUUCCCUUCUUCGUCGCUUCUAUUCCAACCCCCUCGUCAAGUUUUGCUGCAACUAAUUCAACCCGCCGUGAUUCUAUAAUCUUCCCUCUCGACGCAAGGAAUUCCGCCUUGAUUGCGAAUCUCGAAACGAGAAUUGAUGCCAACAAGAAGAUGUCAGACUCAACCAGGUCAGAGACGCACGUGAAGAAAGUGAUUUCCGGUGGCAGUGAUCUUCCCAUUUCUUCCAGGCGGGAGAAGCAUAGGAAGAUGGCUAAACCGCAUACCGGUGAUCGGAAGGUGCCUUUUUGGGCCCUGCCGCCUGAGGAGGCACUUCUGUUUGCAAAGAGAGAAAUCGAGAAUGCUCCUCUUGUUGCUGAUGAUCCUGACCUCUAUGCUCCUGUUUUCAGAAAUCUAUCUGUUUUCAAAAGGAGCUAUGAACUCAUGGAGAAAGUACUUAAAGUCUACAUCUAUCCAGAUGGACCAAGGCCUAUUUUUCAUACUCCACAGCUUCAAGUUCACGCCAAUUAAGGGAUGCUCUUUAUGCACCUGGAUCUCAUAAUAUAAAGCCAUUAGCAAUAUUCUUAAGGGAUUAUGUGAACAAUAUUU